AUCAUACUCGAAUCUUCUCAAGUGGCACAGCAAGAUGGAGGUAGCAGCAGCUCCACUGCUACCAUGUACCCGAGCAUGGAAGCCAAAAAGAGGAAGAGGCAGGUGACAGUGACGGCACCAUCAGCAAUGACUCCGCAGCGGAUUCUAGAGUAUGUGCGCGUGACAACGCAGGAGACCGAGAAGGAAGUUGGCAUUCUCAACUCCUUGUUGAAGAGUCGCAAGAACAAGGAAAAAGGGGACGAGAAGAUAGACCCGAUAAGCUACCCGAUGGAGCAGGUAAGACACAUAAAAAAGAAGACAGCGAGGAUCCUUAAAAAGGCGAGCACUAUAAUGCUGAGUAGGCUGCCGGCGAGCUUGGUGGAUGAAAUUGAUAGUAUUAAAGAAGAGAAGGCAAAAGCGUUUGCUGAACUUAUACAAGUUGUUGAAUCUUUGGCAGCAAGAAAAGGAAGCUUAGCUAGCCGAUAAUAAUUAUCAUUUGGUGACAGAAGGAUUAUUUGCAGUGAAAUUUCUGCUCAACUAAUUAUGAAUCUUCAUAUGAUGUUAAGUUACACUUUUAUAAUUUAAUCCGAACCGAAUCGUGUACUGAGUGUGAAAUAAUUUUUGUAUUACUUUAUACCUUUCUGACGCCAUAUUAACUAUUA